AUGUCUGGACAGGGCCACCCGUCAGCAUCACCCGGCAUAGAGCACGGGCUAAGAAAGAGUACACGUUAUAUUACUGGGCUGGAUGCAACGGGAAAGGACAUUAUCCUCGCUUCCCCGGAUCUCAGAUACCAUGACCGCGGCGGCUAUGCAAUUACACGUUUAUACCAGCUUGAGAAGGUGCCUGCAGAUAUUCAAGCCGAGCGAGACAUGAAGUUCUACCUUUCAGGCGAAGGAUAUGACAGAGGGGACGGAGAAAGCUGGCCUCAGGCAUUCGACCUCGUCACCCCAGGCGGCGCGAACUUCGUGCAAGGGGACUUUGGGCCCUCGGCAUACUCUGUAUGGCAUAGGACUGUCACUGUGGACUUUGUUACUGUGGUGGAAGGGGAGCUUGCUUUAAUGGUGGGGGAAAACGAUGAGAACUGCACCAAACUGCAGUUGAAGCAAGGCGACUCGGUUAUUCAGAGGGGAACGCUCCACAAGUGGGUGAACCCUUCAUCUGAGAAACCUGCCCGUUUCGUGGCCACCUUGUUGGCGAGUGAGCCGUUUAAUGUGGGAGAGAAGGUUGUGGAGCCUGUUUGGAUUCCAAAAGUCUCGAAAUGCCUUGAGUAA